CUCAAGGUCAUAUUAGUCGAAAUAUCUUCAGUUGCCUAAGCUUUCCGUAAUCACAUUUUAUCUGUUUUAUUUUCCUCAUCCCCGGGACAAGUAAUCCACUGCAGCCUGAUAUAGAAUCUCAAAAAGCUAGAGCCUCUUAUAUCCCAACUGCAACCAUUGAAUCCCGUACUAAAUAUUCGGAGUACUUUUCUACAGAUGUCUGAAGAUGUUGUUGAAAAUUUAAAGACAACAGUUGUAAAACCUAUAGUUUAUGGAAAUGUUUCACGUUAUCUGGGGAAAAAACGUGAGGAAGAUGGACGAACCCAUCAAUGGACUGCGUUUUUGCGACCGUAUAAUCCUAGCGAAGACCUCUCGACAUUUAUAAGAAAAGUCCAGUUUAAAUUACAUGAAAGUUAUUCAAAUCCCAUACGAAUUGUUAACAAACCACCGUUUGAAUUGACGGAAACUGGUUGGGGGGAGUUUGACAUUACAAUGAAAGUCAUAUUCACCGAUCCUAAUGAAAAGCCCCUGAUAAUAACUCAUCUCAUUAAGUUGUUUCAUUGUGACCAUGAAAUAAUGAUGGGUCAUAAAAGCUUAGUCCGAGAGAUCUACGACGAAAUGGUUUUCGUUGAUCCUUCUCCGUCCUUUUAUCGGGCGUUGAUGAGCAGAUCUCAAAUUCCUCCAAACGUACCAACAAUUGCACACGAAACUGAUUUUAAAGAAACAAAGCGUCAAGCAUUGUGUUCUAUACAAGAACUAAACAGAAAGGUUACUGAAGCAAUUGAAGUUUAUAAAAAGCAACUUAUCUCGAGGAAAGGAAUUAUUGAAGAAGUGAAGUCGAUCGUAAACGAAGUAGAUUCUGCUACUGUUGGGACCAUAUUGCAGUAACUAUGUAUAUAUAAAUAUGUGUAUAUUAUUUUUUACCGACAACUAAAUAAUAUCAUCUCAAGAUGCAAA